AUGUCCAAGCGCACACACGAGCAGAUGGCGACGAAGACGGCGACGACGACGAUGGCCACGGCGGCAGAAGAUGUGCUCCUCAAGGAGCCCCAAAAACGGUUCUACCGGCAGCGCGCGCAUGCCAAUGUCUUCAACGACCAUAUUCUCGACUACCCACAAUCGCCCGACCAGAUGGACUGGAACGUCCACUACCCCAAAUACUUUGAGGCUGGGGCGAGCAAGGGCGAGAAGGCGGUCGAGUGGGCGGAUGUAGGGUGUGGAUUUGGUGGACUGCUCAUGGCGCUUGCGCCGCAGUUCCCAGAGACGCUGAUGCUUGGGAUGGAGAUCCGCGUGUCUGUGACACAGUAUGUUGCGGAUCGCAUCGCGCACGCGCGGCAGGUCGAGGCGACCCUCCCGGCCGACGCACCCGACGCCCGCGCAGGCGGCAUGCAGAACGUGAGCGUGAUCCGCGCAAACAGCAUGAAACACAUGCCCAACUUCUUCGCAAAGGGCCAGUUGUCCAAGGUCUUCUUCCUCUUCCCCGACCCGCACUUCAAGACGCGCAAGCAAAAGGCGCGCAUUGUCACCACCGCACUCCUGGCCGAGUACGCUUAUGUUCUCCGCCCCGGCGGUAUCUGCUACACUGUCACGGACGUGAAGGACCUCCACGAGUGGAUGGCAUCGCACCUCCGCAAGCACCCGCUGUUCGAGUAUAUCCCGACUGAGGAGAUGGCGGGUGACCCAAUCCUUGAGGCGGCACGUACGGCGACCGAGGAGGGGCGUAAGGUCGAGCGCAACGGGGGCGAUAAGUGGGUCGCGUGUUUCCGCCGUCUGCCGGACCCCGAGGAGGACUAG